AUGGAUUCGAAAGGUGAUGAUUCGAGCCAAGUGGUUGAGAAUAGUCUUGGAAUACCAAAAGCGGAAUUUGUGGAAGAUGUUGGUAAAUUCAUGGAAUUACAGGAUAAAGAUGCUGCUGCAUUGAUUCGUAAAGCUGAUGAAGAUCAUCACAAGUACCGAUUCAUGGAAAUGAAUUUGGAAAAUGAUGCAGAGAUGAAAACAAAUUUCCUUUUGUCUGAUCAUGUCUUCAUGGAGGCAAUUGUACCACCGACUGAUAAAAUUUGUCUUUGGCUUGGGGCUAAUGUGAUGCUUGAAUAUCCACUGGAUGAAGCUGAAUCUUUACUUAUUAAAAAUUUAAAAAUGGCUUUGAAAAAUUUAUCUCAAGUGGAUCAAGAUUUGAAUUUCUUACGAGAUCAAAUAACCACAACAGAAGUUAACAUGGCUCGAAUUUACAAUUGGGAUGUGAAGAGACGUCAAGCUGAAAAAUCAGCAUUAACAGCAGCAACUAGUUGA